AUGACAGAAAUCAAUACCUUCGACCUUCUUGAUUCCAUCAGUUGGAGUGCCCUCCGUCAUGCCUACGGGAGUGCGUGGGACGUCCCCGCUCAGCUACGAGCUCUCCGUUCAGGAAACGCGGAAAUAAAAGAGAACGCCCAAAGAUCCCUCUGCAGCAACAUAUUCCAUCAAGGAGAUCGCUAUGAAGCCACUGCCUACGCAGUCCCCUGUUUAUUGAAAGUUCUUGAAGACUCGUCCUCGUCCGCCUUUGCACGGGUCUUUCUGAUUGGCCUUCUGGUACACUUGGCCCUGGGUUAUGCGGAUACGUUCCUACCAAAUGGCGUCAAUUUCCCUGAAUGGCAGGAAUUCGCAGAGAAGAAACAGGGUCCCGAGUUUGAAGCGGAAAUGCACCAGUCGCAUGAAGGUUUCGUCAAUCGGGCAAAAAAUCACGAGGAAAGAGCCUCAUGCAACGAGUUCCGCAAUAGGAUGCUCGAAAAGCACUUGUCUAAGUAA